AACUCAGAUUGAAAGAACUAAAGAUAGCAGGGACCUCAGAGGAGACGAUCUCGAAGCUGUCCAGCAAUGGCGGAAACCCAUCGGCAAGCGCCGCCGGACGGCAACGCGCCAGAGAUCCGAUCAUCGGAUGGAUGGAAAGCGCGAAUCGUGUUCCCCACGCUCCUCGGAGGUGUGGUUGGUGGAGGAUUUGGACUGAUUUCGAAGCACAGGAGGGCGCAUGCUGCAUCUUUAGCUGCCAAUUUGGCAAUUGUUGCUGGUUGUUAUUGCGGGGCACGUGAACUUGCAAGAGAUGCUCGAAAGUCAGAAUCGGAUGACCUUACGAACUCUGUAAUUGGAGGUAUUUCAAGUGGAGCUUUACUGGGGAGGCUUCAAGGUGGUCAGUUAGGUGCUAUUCGGUAUGCUAUAAUUUUUGCCACUGUGGGCACAACAUUAGAUUAUGCAACGAUCCGGCUGAAGCCACACUUCAACAAUUUUUUGGACACUAUUCGGCAGAGUGCGAAUUCAGACUGGACUUUGCCAAAGUGGUCACCAAUUCAAGUACUCGAUGAAGAGGCUCUUGCUGCAAAACGUGCACGGGAAGAACAGCUUCAUUCUCAGAGAGUCCCAGAAGAGAACCAGAAGAAGCUGAUAUAAUAAGCCAGAGAAGAAGAAAAAUGAGAGGCAAGGAGGAGCUUUGGAUGUGUCGUCGGGCGAUCCAAAGCUGGGUGGGCUAAAGUUAAAGUUUGGUGGACUAAAGCCAGGGGUGAACGCGCCAGGGCUUGGUGUGACUGGCGGACUUGGUGUGAACGGUGAAUUGGGUGUGUUUGGAGGUGGUGGAGUUGUUCCGCCAGCACUUCUGCAAGGCCAUUAUUCAAAAAAAAUUCAAUCAGAUUGAAAAUUUAUGAAACAAAACCGAACAGAAUAUUAUACAUGAAAGUUUCAGUAACAAGCAAAAUCAUGACAACCCAUCUUUUGUUUUUGUACAUAGCAACAUUAAACAUGCACCAUAAGCAUUUCUGCUUACUAAGUUCUCAGUGCUUUACAUUUUAUUAGAGUUUGGUUGACAGCUUUGCUUUCACUUGUGGUUGACAAAGAGAAAAGACAGUUAUCAAGUUUGAACUGGGACAAUGUUUUCAUUGGAAAUAUUAAGUCACAAAGAGAUGGCACCAAGCUGGCUUCAUAAGAACAUUAAUAUAAUAUCCACCAAUCAACAGCAAGUUGUUUAUUGAUGCAAUGGAUGUAGACAAGGAAGAUGGAUUGAAUUUAAAUUGAAAGUAGGCUCCACUAAGGUUGUAUUGUUGAUUAAGAUUUCUAAAAGGUUAUGGGGAUAAGAG